CGUCACGCGGCCGGGCAUUGUUCUCGGCGGGGCUGUGGCUGGAGGCAGCGAUCCGGGGUUCCGGGCGCGCUGUGCCCAUCCCGUGUGUUUCUCCCGCAGGUCAGCUCGGCCGAAGGGGCGGCGAAGGAGGAGCCCAAGAGAAGAUCGGCGAGGUUGUCGGCUAAACCUGCUCCUGCAAAAGUGGAAACGAAGCCCAAAAAAGCAGCGGGAAAGGAUAAAUCUUCAGACAAAAAAGUGCAGGCAAAAGGCAAAAGGGGAGCCAAGGGAAAACAGGCUGAAGUGGCUAAUCAAGAAACCAAGGAAGAUUUACCUGCGGAAAAUGGAGAAACUAAAAACGAGGAGAGUGCAGCUUCUGACGAAGCAGAGGAGAAAGAAGCCAAGUCCGAUUAAUCACACACCGCGUCUUACCAGUGCUCCCUGUCUCCCUUCUUGUACAAUCCAGAGGAAUAUUUUUAUCAACUAUUUUGUAAAUGCAAGUUUUUUAGUAGCUCUAGAAACAUUUUUAAAAAGGAGGGAAUCCCACCUCAUCGCAUUUUUUAAGUGUAAAUGAUU